AUGGACCAAAGAAGUAAUGCCACAAGAGAGGAUUAUGGUCAAUAUCGAGUGGUUGUAGAAAAUAGUGUAGGACAAGACUCAACAACAGUGGGUGUCACCGUGGCCGAUUGCCCAGAACCGCCUCGAUUCCCCAUAGUUGAAAAUGUGUUGGAUGAAGCUGUAAUCCUUUCAUGGAAGCCACCAAAUCUUGACGGUGGAUCCAUAGUCACCCAGUACAUUGUCGAGAAGAGAGACACUAGCGGAGGCGCCUGGGAACCAUGCGCCAAAACUCGCUUUGCCUGUCUUACUGUGGAGGGAUGUCGCCCCAAGAAGACCUACGAGUUCCGAGUCAGUGCCGAGAACAAGCAUGGUGUUUCUCAACCGUGCGAGCCGACUACUCCAGUGUUGAUUCCCGGUGAUGACCGCAUACGACCAAGGAACUACGACGUCGACGAUUCUGGCAAGGUCAUUCGAGGUAAAGGACCAACCAUGGCCAACUACGACGGCUAUGUAAUCGAUGUGUGGAAGCAGUACUAUCCACAAGAAGUUGAAAUUAAGCACUCUCCAGUGCUUGACUACUAUGAUAUCCAUGAGGAGAUCGGAACUGGUGCAUUUGGAGUGCUCCUCCCAUUAUCGAGAAAGAUGUACCGAACACGAUAUUGCCGAAUGGGCGAGAUGGUCCGCUUGAAGAUCUACUUCUCAGGCACGCCGCCAUUCAACCACUCACUGACGUUGAACAAAGAGGAGGUCGUCGCUGAUCAUCCGACAAUUCGCACCGUCGACUUUGACGAUCAUAUCCUCAUCACUAUACCAUCGCUCUCAACCCGCGAAGCCGGCCGCUACGAGUACACCAUAAGUAAUGACAGUGGCGUGGCUUCAACAGGAUUCUGGCUGAAUGUCACCGGACUUCCUGGAGCUCCGCAAGGACCGCUACACUUCAGUAAUGUUGGUACGCACCAAGUCAGCCUCUCUUGGCGUCCACCAGUGAAUGACGGAGGCUCGAAGAUUACCAACUAUGUGAUAGAGAAGCGAGACGUAGCGAAAGAAGACUGGACCGUAGUCGCGUCCAGUGUUCGCGAUUUAUCUUUCACCGUACAAGGGCUAUUCGAGAACCAUGAGUAUGAAUUCCGCGUGAGUGCUGCGAAUGAGAAUGGUCAAGGAGUACCGCUUGUGGGAGAAAACGCAGUAGUCACUCGACUUCCGUACGAUCGUCCAGGAGCGCCAACCGAUCUGGAAGUGGCGGAAGUUGGCGAUGACUGCUUGACGUUGACAUGGCAUCGACCGUUGUCUGACGGUGGAGGUCGCAUACGCGGGUACUACAUCGAGAAAUGUGAAGAUGACAAGGAACAGACAUGGGUUCGAUGCAACCAGAAUCCAUCGCCGGCUAACACUUUCAACGUUCAAAGUCUCAUCGACGGAAGGAAGUACAAAUUCCGUGUAUUUGCAGUUAACGACGCUGGAUUGUCGGAUCCCGCUGAAAUGGAUUUGGAAUUCAAGUCAGCCAGUGGUGGCACUCCUCCCGAGAUCAUUUCCCAACUGAGUGACCAAUCUGUUGAACCAGGACGUAGUGCGACAUUCGAGUGCAAGAUCACUGGUUCUCCACGACCGGAGUACAGUUGGUUCAAAGGCAUGAAGGAACUUGUGGACACUUCGAGAUUCACGAUCCUCUCGAAAGGCGAUGUGCAGAUUCUCAUGGUCAACCACGCGAAUCCGGAUGACGCAGACGAGUACACAUGUCGCGCUACGAACAAAUUCGGUACAAAGAGCACGAGAGCACAGUUACUAUUUAUGUCAAAGCCGAGAGUGUUCCUUCCACCUCGCUACCACGGUGGGUACGAAGCUCAGAAGAGCGAAACGAUUGAAUUGAAGAUCCCAUACAAAGCUUUCCCACGAGCCGAAUCUCGAUGGACCAAAGAAGGUGAGAAGAUCGAGAGCGGUGGUCGCUACGAAAUCACGACCGACGACAAAUUCGCCACUUUGCGCAUCAGUAAUGCCACAAGAGAGGAUUAUGGUCAAUAUCGAGUGGUUGUAGAAAAUAGUGUAGGACAAGACUCAACAACAGUGGGUGUCACCGUGGCCGAUUGCCCAGAACCGCCUCGAUUCCCCAUAGUUGAAAAUGUGUUGGAUGAAGCUGUAAUCCUUUCAUGGAAGCCACCAAAUCUUGACGGUGGAUCCAUAGUCACCCAGUACAUUGUCGAGAAGAGAGACACUAGCGGAGGCGCCUGGGAACCAUGCGCCAAAACUCGCUUUGCCUGUCUUACUGUGGAGGGAUGUCGCCCCAAGAAGACCUACGAGUUCCGAGUCAGUGCCGAGAACAAGCAUGGUGUUUCUCAACCGUGCGAGCCGACUACUCCAGUGUUGAUUCCCGGGUGA